UUUGACGUACAAGUUUGUUAAAGGUUAAAUAAUGUCGUAGUUAUUAGUGUUUUAUUAAUUGUACAUCUGAUAACAAUAAUCCUUGAAAUGGAUGCAAUAAUGACUCAGUGUAUAAAUAAAUGUGAAUGUAUAAGAAUAUAACAUAAAAUAACUUGAUGUUAUGUGAAGAAAAUCAGUAGAAAUGCAAGCUAAAAGAAGAUAUUUAUUGGUUUUUAUAUGUUGUGCUUUUCUAGCAUUUUGGUAUUUCGGUGGUUACCGUUUACAACGUAUUCCAGAGUUGCCUUUAACAAUAGAAAACCUUUCAGAAUUUGUCAAUAUAAAUAGUAUACAGACUGGAUAUCUAGUAGGUGUUAGAGAAAAGAACCAUAUACCAGUGAAUAAUAAAAUCAGGUGUAGAAUGGAGACUUGUUUUGACUUUUCUAAAUGUGAGAAUAAUUUUAAAGUCUAUGUGUAUCCUCAAGAAGAAAAUAGAGUGCCUAGUCCGUCCUACCAGAAACUAUUAAAUGUUAUAUUGGAAUCAAGAUACUAUACUGCCAAUCCUAAGAAAGCAUGUUUAUUUGUUUUGAGUACUGACACAUUAGACAGAGAUCGCUUAAGCAAUGAUUAUGUCAGAAAUAUGCAAACCAGACUUCAACGGUUACCUCAUUGGAACAAUGGCCUUAAUCAUGUCAUCUUUAAUUUGUAUUCGGGCACUUGGCCCAACUACACAGAAAAUGAUCUUGACUUUGAAUAUGGAAAGGCUAUUUUAGCUAAAGCAAGCAUGUCCGAAAAUCAUAUCAGACCAGGGUUUGACAUUAGUCUUCCACUUUUUCACAAAAUUCAUCCAGAGAAAGGAGGGGAACCUGGUUCUGUUUUAUCAAAUAAUUUUCCAUUAGAGAAAACUUAUCUUUUAGCCUUUAAAGGUAAAAGGUAUGUUCAUGGAAUUGGUUCUGAUACAAGAAAUUCCUUAUACCACUUGCACAAUAGAAAAGACAUGAUUAUGGUCACUACAUGUAAGCAUGGAAAAAGUUGGAAAGAAAUGAAAGAUGAGAGGUGUGAUGAAGAUAAUAAAGAAUAUGACAAAUAUGAUUAUGAAACACUGCUGCAGAAUGCUACAUUCUGCUUGGUUCCAAGAGGUAGAAGAUUGGGAUCGUUUAGAUUUUUAGAAGCUCUACAAGCUGGUUGUAUACCAGUACUGUUAUCGAAUGGAUGGUCGUUGCCGUUUUCGGAGGUAAUCGAUUGGAAUAAAGCGGUUGUAUGGGCCGACGAAAGACUAUUACUUCAAGUGCCUCACAUCGUGCGUUCGUUGUCUCCUAGUAAAAUUCUCCAGUUAAGACAGCAAACUCAAAUGUUGUGGGACAGGUAUUUUUCAUCGAUCGAGAAAAUUGUUUAUACCACUUUCGAGAUCAUCCGCGAAAGGCUACCCAGGCAACCAGUGCGUGACAGACUGAUAUGGAAUAAUUUUCCGGGGGCUUUAGUAACAUUAUCAACGUUUUCCGAUACCAAAGAUGACUUUCCAUUCCAUGUCCAAGAAAGUGCCGUUGAUGGAUAUACAGCGGUUAUUUAUUGCCAAUUAGGAAUACAACUGACAAAUACAUCUCCAUUAUAUAAAUUAGUGAGUUAUGUAGGAAAAAGUAAAUAUAUAGCGAAAAUACUUAUAGUGUGGUCCAACGAAAAGAAACCCCCUAAUAAAUAUCGUUGGCCGGUUUUGCCUGCCCAAGUUCCUCUCCACAUUGUACAACCCGUUUUAAACAAAGAAGGAACAGAGCAAGCAAAAUCUAGUAUUUCGCAAAGAUUUUAUCCUCAUCCUGAAAUAGUAACUUCAGCAGUCUUAUCUCUGGAUGAGGAUUCGGUUUUAACCACGGAGGAGAUUGAUUUCGCAUUUGAAGUGUGGAAACACUUUCCGGAAAGAAUUGUAGGCUAUCCGGCUCGGUCACAUUAUUGGGAUGAUUCUAAAUCAACAUGGGGUUAUACAUCCAAAUGGACCAAUGAUUAUUCAAUAGUAUUAACUGGAGCCGCAUUUUAUCAUAGAUAUUACAAUUAUUUGUAUACUGCCUGGUUAAGUCCCUUACUCCAUAAAACAGUGGAGCAAAGUCAGAAUUGUGAAGAUAUACUGAUGAAUUUUUUGGUAAGCCAUGUAACAAGAAGACCACCCAUUAAAGUUACUCAAAGGAAACAAUACAAAGAACAAUCGAGCGCCGGAACCUGGUCCCCCUGGAACGAUCCAGACCAUUUUAUCCAAAGACAAACUUGUUUAAAUACGUUUGCUGCAGUGUUUGGUUACAUGCCAUUAAUUAGGUCUAAACUUAGAUUAGAUCCAGUGCUUUUUAAGGACCCUGUAUCAAAUAAAAGAAAAAAAUAUCGGAGAAUUGAAUUGGUGGGCAGUUAGUAUAUGAUUUAAGUCGAUAGUGUAAUUAAUAACGGAGGCCAACGAAAACAACUUUUUCAAAACUUUUUUAAUAGGAAUAUCUCAUUCCUCCUGUGUUUUUUUAUGCUGAAUCUAUAUUUGAUCUUCGCCUUUUUGUCUACCAACCCACUUUAUUGAAAAUAUUUCAUUUUAACACAAAAAUAUACUGUGAUUUAUAAUUUAUAAGGAAAAUGUUUUUAAUGUUUUUAGCGGCUAAUACCAAAUUUUUUAUCGAUUUUUUUAAAGAUAUUAUAAUUUUUGCCUAAUUGCCAAUGAACCACCUCUCAAUUUACCACUGAUCUUCCAUUUAAUAUUUCAGUGAUAAAAUUUUAAAGCAUGAUAUGUUGAAAUUUCACCCUGAAAAAUACUGUUUGUUCAUAAUGAAAUCGCCCAAUUAUAAUCACAUUUAUAUUAAUGUAUGCUUAAUUUUUUUUGUUUAAAUGAUGAAUGUAAAAAAUGGUAGGUGAUAUUGUCAGUUUCAGAUUUAGCAUAUCAAAAGUUAUUAAGGGCAAGUGCGUACAAAAAGUUUUUUUGAUCAUUGGCCAGUGUAAUAUACCAAAUAAAUAAUCCUCAAUUGUUUAUAUCAAAAUAUUUUUGUAAAUACAAUAUACAAUGAUAAUUGUUUUUGUAUUGAAUUUUUUAUAGCAUUUUUACUUGAUUUUUGUAAUCUUACUAUGGGGCUUAUUUAUUUAGUAUUUAUUUUAUAAAAUAUAUAGGCAAUAUACUGCAAACUUGUCAAUACUGUUUAAUUAUUGACCUUGUUUUUAUAAUCUAGCAUAUCAUAUUUUAUUUCUUUGUGAACAAUAAUAGCUUUAAAAUAUUAAGUUAUUACAUUUUAUAAAUUGGUACAUUUUUAACACUAUUACGUGUCAAAAAUAAUAAAACUGUCAAUAAAAAUUUUUAUAUUAA